CCGCGGGGCGCUCGGAUCCCUGCACGUCCACUGCGCUGGCCCGUGAACUCGCCACGUGAGCCUCGCUGCACGUGGGGCCUUGUCCUAAGCUUUCUAACGGCCCCCCCAGAGCAGCCGGGCCCUGCGCAGCCCGCCGGGGAAGCUGCCGCAGGAGCCUGUGCGGGUGAUCGGGAGCUGCGUGGCCCCCCUUUGAUUUCUGCUCCACCCAAAUGUUUAAAACCAAGCGCCCGGCAGGAGCCACCGCCGCGUUUCUGUUGAGAGGGGCUGAGAGAGCCCCUUGACUCUGUCCUCUCCCGGUUCCUGUUAAUCUCUCCACUCCGCCGGGGUGAACAACCUCCGUCCCUUUCAAUGGUCCUGACGUCCCACCAACACAGCUACCCGUUCCUCUGCGCUUUUGCUGUCUGUUAUCCCGUCCGGGUAAUGGGAGUGAAAUAGAGACGUUGUAGCCCUGGUGGGCCCGAAACGACACGGGGGGCAAGGAUUUCUUAGGGCCUUCUCUGUUACUGCACCAGCUACGUCGCUGGGAGAAAGCUGGACGAGCGUCCGAAUGGCAGACGUGGUUCCUCAGCAAGCUGGGCAGCUGCGCCCCGCUUCCGGUCUUCACACCUGAGGAAGAACGUCUUCCCUUUGCGAGCUGCCUAACUUCCUGGCAAUGUCCAGGGACCCUGGGCUUCUCUGAGUUAAAAAAUCCCCAAUUUUCGGUUAAAAAACAGUAACUCCCAAAUCCACAUUUUUCUAUGAUUAAAACAAAACACCAUUACACACACACACAUACAUGCACACACAUCUAUAUAUAUAUACACACACAUAUAUAUACAUAUACACAUAUAUAUGUGCACACACCUCUCUCUCUCUCUAUAUAUAUCUAUAUCUCUAUAUAGAUGGUGUUUUGUUAAACUCACGGAAAAAUGGGCAUGUGGGGUUACUUUCUUUAACUGAAAAUUGGGGAUUAUCUUAAAUCAGAGGAAACCAGGAUCUGUGGUAAUGUCUCUCCUAUUUUACAGCCCCGCAGCCUGUUUUCAGCUCUAGCUAAAAACCUGAACUCAGGUGAGGUAAUAUGGACACGGAGGUAGAAAAACGAAUGACAGUGAAGUAUUGGAGGCAUUGUCAAGGCGCUCAAGAAGGCUAGAUUUUUAUUUUUUGUAAUGUAUCUGAAUAAAAGACACGCAUUUAACUGUAAUGACUACAGGACUGACAAUACAGUAUCCUGUGACUAUUUUUUUGCCUAGUGUCAUAGAUGGUAGGGGCUGGAAGGGACCUUACAGAUCAUCGGGUCCAGCCCCCUGCACUUGGGCAGGAAAAGCCACUGGGGUCAGAUGACCCCAGCAACAUGGGCAUCAAGAUGCUUUGCUGGGAACUUUUCCUCCAAUUCUGGAUAGACAUGAAUCUUUAUACUGGGAUCUGAUAGCCCUUGGAGUUUUAAACUUUAUAUAUACUCUAGCAAAUUAAUGCACAUUCCAAGAGCUGUAUUUGUUUUUUGCUUGGUCUUAAACCAAAUAAUAUAGUGUUAGCCCCUGUCAUAUUAAUAAAGCUUCUAGUUUCUCUUUAACUGGAAAAAAAUAUGUUGUUGGGUUAGAUGUGAUGAUGCACUGCACCAUCUGCACUCCCCUUUUAAAAAUUUUAGAUCCACCCAUGUGGGUGAUAUUCCUGGUUCUGCCAGUUUCCCUGGUAAAAAACGUUGCUUCACCCAUCUCUGCUUUGGUUUUCUUUAUAACCUUUUGUCUUAUUUAGUUUUAAUACAAACUCUUUGCGGUAGGGAGUGUUUCUUGCUCUUUGUACAGCCCCUGGCAUCACUAAGUCCUGAUCUCAGGUGAGGCUUUUAAGUCAUAAUAGAAAUGUUUCUGAAUAGCAUUGGCUCUCUGUGAAAUGGUAACAAAGCAGGGCCUUACAGUUUGGUUUCACUGUGAAAAAGAAAUCAGUGAUGCAGAUUCAGGGAUGUUUUUUGGUUUACGCUCUGCACUGGAGCUAGUCUAAUAUAUCAAUAGUUUUUGGAGAUGUUUUAAAAAAUGUUGUGUUUUUUUUCUUUCUCACUGAAAUUUCCUCUGAAUAGUUUGGUUUUUGUGGAAAAAAAGAAAAAGCAAACUUAUUUUAAAAAAUGGUUUCAAUGAAAUGUGUCUGACACUUGGAGAUCUCUACCUUUUUUCUUUUUGAAAAAGAGCAAUGUCCCACUAAAGUUUCUUUCAACAAAUACUUUCCAACAGGUGUCUAUGUAUGACUGUCCCUGUACAAAGAUGACCAAACGCCAUGCAAGCUAAUCCACUGCUUCAGGAAUCUGAACAAGAAAAUCAAAACCCACUUCCCUGAAGACAACGCUGGCAUAAACAUCGACUCUAGGAAGAGGUCCUGGCUAAGCAGAGCAUUGGAGGACUAACUUGUUCAUCCAGACAGUGAGAGGAUCCCCUGUGCUAUCCCCCUCAGCACUUUAGCAGCUGCGUAUACAGUGUCCUAUCCACCUGGUCUUAGGACACUGCAGAGGGACCCCCUCAUCAGGAGGUCACGCCAUUUCCUGCUGGAAAAGGAGGUUUCAGCUCACUGGAGUUCAUUCCUAAUACAAGACCCGACGCCUUCUUUCCCAGCCUCCCUUUUCACUCCGAGCUGUUCAGUCCAUUUGCUUUGCUUGCGAAGGUGCCUACGAAGAAGACAGACACCAUGAAUCUCUUGUGCCCUGGUGGGUUCUGUGGCAUGACCCCCAGAACAGGCACCUCUCUAGCUGCCAUCUACAUGAUCCUAAUGACAAACAUGUACCUGAUCUUUGAGACUGGCCAUCUAGCGCGAGCUAGAAAUGAAAUGGAAAAAAGCGUGGUCUUAGUAGGCCGGGUGCUGAUGAUUCCAUAUUUCUACUACAUAGCUAUUGCCCUGGCCAUCAUAACUUAUCCAGUGUGCAUCCUCCUUAUCUACUCAGUUAUCAAGCGGCUUCACAGAGGGAUGUUCGUCUAUGUGGGCUGGAUCAUCUUUUAUGACGUGGUCAACUGCAUUCUUGUGCCUCUCACACACAAGACCGUGCAGGAGCUUCUGUUCUCUAUAAGCCAUUUGGAGUGGUUUGGGCUGGCAAUGAGGCUCCUCAUGGAUUGCUUCUGGCUCUCCUUUGUUGUCACGUAUGCCCUGAUCAUUAUGGACAGCAAGACGCAGCACCGGAUAUCGUUUAAGGGCCGGCGCAUCUCUAGAAGCGUGGCAGAACCGCCCAGGUUUAGGUUGAGCAAUGAGAUCCGGAAGCAUCCAUAAACCGGAGUUUGAGACUGGGUUCCAUCGGCAAGAGCCUGGAGACAUCAGGCCAUUUUGGAGGUUUCUUUCCCCCGUUGUUCAAUGUGAUGUUUCUCUUGUUCUGUCUUCCAAUUUGAGUCCCAAAAUAAAUAGAAAAUAUUU